CACGUAACUGCCGCGGGCACUACCGCCCAUGCGCACGCUUGAGAAGAUCGAGUGGCCCGAGCCCGCCAGUAUUGACUUGCUGGCCGAGUUUCGAUGGCUCGUCGGCGAUGCGCCGCAGCACGGGCCAUCUCCCAAGACCCUUUCACUCAACGCCAAGGUCGGCACGCUCAAAGAGACAUCUCCGUACACUCAGCUGUUUGCUGAAGCCCACCGGGCCAAACUCGUUCUCACGUCUGCACAAAUCGCCGAGCGAAAGGUGCGGCGCGUUGCUGACGCCAUGGAAUUUCAUGUCCAAAGCAACAAUGAUGCGAUGGCAUCGCCCGGGAAACGUCGACAUCGCGCUACGAAUCCCAUCGAGUUGUUGCCGUCGACGUUCCCUUUGCUUGAUGGCGCCAUCGACUUCAAAUCGUGGCAGGAAGAAGCGUCAGCAUGCAUGGCCAUGCCUCCUGUCGCCGUACCAGAAUCCACCUCCCUGGACAACAUUGUCAACACCACGACCAUCUCGUCGACAACGUCCAAACUACCGUCCGUCGUCGCUCUCAAUGCCGGACGUCCCCAUGAAUCCAAGACCUCAACGUUCGUCGCAUGUGGCGCGUCUUCAACGCCAACGAAAUGCGAAUCGGUUGCCGGUGAACUGGACGACCACCUAAUGCAAGAAAUCUCUCAAGACCCGUGGAUAACAGACCAGUUGGAUCCGGUCGCGCUUACGAAAGACCUUGUCCUCGACCCCAACGACGGUCCGAGCAGCCUUCCCACGGCCAGUAACACCCUUCGCCAAGGCGCGGCAAAGUACUCGAUCGAAAUGCAGCACCGCAUACAAAAGGCAAUUUACGCGCACCAAGGCAAAGACAUGUGGACGGACCAGACGGCGUCGCUUCUGGCGGCUGAAAUGUCCGCAGAUAUCGUCUUUGGCGACGGGUCCGAGGGCAACGCUGCUCCGUUUAACACAGGCGCUGCGGUCUUGCCAGACCCUGUCGAGCUCGAAGCGACUUGGAUUGAGCAAACUGCAGCAACAGUUCGCGACGCUGCCCAGACGGAAUUGGCCAAAGGUCGGCCGCAUGCCGCUGUGGCCGUGAUCGAAGCGGGUGUACACAAGUUGCUCCAGGAUGACGUUGGCGGUGUCAAGGAGAAGUCUUCGUGGGGGUUCAACUACUCGAUGGCGAAAGCAUAUCGACACCGGUUCUCAAACUUGAUCGCUGCAUCGACGACUGUCCAGCGAUACUACCGAGGCUUUCACACAAGGCGGAUGCUGGCCAAGAAGAGGUGGCUCGCUCACGUGAGCGCCGCGUGCAUCCAGCGAUGGUGGCGCGCUUGCAACAGACACAAAGAAGCUAUGCGUGUGCGGAUUCAGACAGCAAUGCGCAAGAAAUUGGCGUGUAAAAAGGUCCACGUGCGGCGCCAGCAGAAAAAAUUGGUGCGCAAUUUGAGACAGCUUGUCCGAGCGUGGGUAUUGGAAUUCCAUUCCCUCCAGAAGCGGCGGCGACGCCUCGGCCUCGAACAAUUCUACGCCUUGACGAAAGACCGAUGGCUUCGAGGGUACUUGGCUCGAUACCGCGUCCGGCAGCUCAAAUGCCGACUCGAGCGUGACGAAGCGGCUCGUUCCACACGUGAGCGGGCGUUCGUUUCAUCGAAUGUUGCCGUCAAGAUGGCGACAUUCGAAUGCCAGUUGAAUUCGGCGUCGACAACUUCGUUGCUCGGGACGCGACGCAAGCGGCUUACUCUCCAACUCAAAGCAACGGCGAUCGAGCGAACCGCCGCGAGAAAGCACUUGCCACCGGUGGAGCGUCGUCGCGCCCAAGUUCGAGAUGUGUUUGACGCGUACGACGUGGACGGGUCUGGCUCAAUGGACUCGAGAGAGCUCAAGAGUUUAUUUGACGAGUUGGGCAUUGCAAUUGAUCGCCGAGGGCUGCAAGAUGCUCUGGCCGCCAUCGACGCAGAUCACAACGGUGUCGUGGAUUUCGAUGAGUUUUACAACUGGCUCGACACGGCACCCACGCAGCGUCACAACGGCCGACGGCGUCGACUUGACCGUCCCGAGCUCGUCUUCUUGAAGAUGAAGUUGAGCAUGAAGCACUUACUCAACCGGUGGACGGACGCGUCAUUCUCGCAACACGCCGCACGCUUGCUGUAUCACGACGAAUCGCUUCGUCAAACCAGCGCCAUGCAAGUUGCAUUCCGACGGACGGAACCACCGAGGUUUGCGUGUGUGUAUUGUGGCAUGGCGUUUGCCUUGUACAAGCCGUACUGGGCGCAUCAACGCGCGUGCGACAAGAACUUUUCGCAGCAUGUCGUAAAGGGCGGCAGUCCGGAGGACGAGGAGGCACUCCGCAUGUCGAUGGAAGAGAAGGCGGUGGCCGCCGCGGUCGUGUCGGUGGCCGACGAUGUGUGUGCGUACGUUGAGACAAAGUCAGGUCGUCGAGUUCUGCACCAAGAAGUGCAGCGCGUCAAGCAACUCAACUCGGCGACUACCGACACGUCCAAAGCAUCGCGCGAGACCAUGCGACUGCGGCAUCUCUUUUUCUCGUAUGACUUGGACGCAUCCGGGUUUCUCGAUCGCCGGGAAUUUGCCGAUAUUGCGCGGGACUUGGGCGAAGUCGCCACUGGUGCAACGUUUGAUGCGCUCGACGUGAGUGGGUCGGGGAAAUUGUCGUUCAAAGAAUUUGCAGCGUGGGCAACCACCCACAUCCUAGCUCCUCAACGGCGUCCCCUGGCCACACGAAUCAAACGGCUUUGGACUCGGGUGGUGCAUGGAAAAGCAAAGCAACGACGCGCAGAAGCGCUGCGCUACAUGAUUGCUCGCGAGAAGUGGCUUGGUCAAGUCCAGGCGAGGCUGGCGUUUCGAGAUAGGUUCCCUCCGCUCUAUCAGUGUUUGGAAUGCCAAGCAGCAUUUUGCCGCCAAGAAACGUUCGACAACCAUGUAGCAAAUGCCGCUGCGAUUCACGCCAGACAAAUGGAGAUGUCAGCACAUUUCCGUCAUCGCGUUGGACUCACCGACGCGGUGAAGAGUGUCCUCGAAGCCGCGAUCCAAGAAGCCAAGGAAGUCGAAGUGGACGCAGCGGUCCAACGGUUCGUUCAAAUGGCACGGGGGCGAGCCGACACAAACACAACUGCCCUUCAACUGCGCGGACUUAGAAUACAAACUCACAACGACGGAUCGCUCCAUCCAAGCCCCGCGUUCCUAACUGGUGUCGUGCGAUGUUUUAGUCACGCCAGCGACGCUAUGGAAGUGCACGAGAGGGGGGUUCCAGUGGCGUCCAUGGCGACAAUAUUUCGUCUACUGCACCGUCCAGCCAAACUUGUGCCGCUUGCGAUCCAAGCUUUGGACCCGACGCAUUCGGGCCGCAUACGCGAGUCGAGUUUGGUCGAGUGGCUGCAACAGCAUGCGAUGCGUUCGUGCCGACGACGAGGUGUGUGGACGUGGAAGCAAGCUGGGCGUCUCGUUGAGAUGGCCAACUACCGCCAUCACUUGGCCAGUGGAGGAUUGGAAUUCAUGGACGAAGAUCAUGACCUUUUGGCUCUUCAUGACACCCACGACUGGGUGCGGCAAUUCAACGCGUACUGUUCUACAGCCGACGGAAAAGCCGCCCUGGCGGCAGUAACUAAGGCAUUGAGGCAACAGAAUAGUGCAAGGAAGCAACCGAUCGAAAGGCGUGCCGACUUCAUCUUUGCCGCGUUGGAAACGCAAGAUGCAGGCACCGAUCGCAUUUUACGACGAAGCGAGUUGCUGCAUGCGCUGGCAGCAGUUGGAUGGAUCGUUUCAGAGCGGCGUUUUUGGUCGUCCUUGGACCCGGGCAAGUCGGGCAUUGUCACGCGGGAUUGCUUUGCGGCAUGGUACCCCACCGUCCACGUGUUCGAGUCGUCCUCCGAAGCAAGACUUGCUCUCCACAUGAAGACAACACUGAAUAUAUCAGCACUCGGUCGGGCGGUCGUUGCUGUUCGAUACGACAGAAGCCGCCAAGAGCACUCGACGCUACUCAAGUCGGAAGACUAUUGCUCAAGCGAUGUUGGGAUGAAGGAGGUCCAGCAGGAAGCGAAGCGAAUCGCCCACCUCUGGCGCAACUCGCCAAGGCUGCGGUGGCUGCCGUCCGAUCCAACCACGCGUAUCGCCUUUGCGUUUGACAUGGUUGGUUCCACACGUGCCAUCCAUUGCAGCGCCAUUGGUGGGCUCUUAUAUUUUGCUCAUUGCCCUUGUGACGAAGGCGCCAUUGGCAACUUGCUUCCACAACGGGACGGUCGAAUCCCUGAAGCAGACGUGAUGCGGUGGCUCCUGCAGCGACGACAGGCCCACCCCGACAGUGUCUUCAAGCGGUUUGCAAUGCGGGUGCGUAGCCUGCGUCGCAAAGACAAAGUGCUGUGUCUGGCGCAGGCCAUUGUCCUAAAUCGACGGAUGCACGAGGAGCAAGGCAUUGAGCCAUGA